AAUCUUCUUUUACAUGUAUUCUGUCUGCAGAGAAGCUUUCUGUAGGGUAUAACCAGGCUACUACUGCACCAAAAGGCAUCAACACAAAAAAAAAAGGUAAAAAAAAAUAUUGAUCUUAAUACCAAAUAUUUUAGAAGAAAAAAAGUUAUUUCCCAUUUCAUGCAUAGUUGUCUUGCUUUGUACCAAACUCAUUCCUAAAUUCUACUAAAAAAGGUAUUAAUUCCUAUUCAUGCAAAGUUCCUCUAAUUCACCAAACUUACUCCUACUUCACUCUGUUUUCUGACUUUUCUCCCAUUUAUAUUCUCUCUCAUUAGCUCCUAAACAAUUCAUCUGAAUUCAAAGCCUUCUCCUCUCUACUUCUCAAUCAUGCCAGAAACCAGCAUCAACAAUGGCACCACUUCUUCCAAUCCAUCACCCAACAAGCGUGUUGCCAAUCCCGGGAAGGCCACCAUUCUUGCCCUGGGCAAGGCCUUCCCCAAGCAACUCCUCGCUCAGGACUGCCUGGUUGAGGGCUUCAUCCGCGACACCAACUGUCUCGACCCUGACAUCAAAGAAAAACUCGAACGCCUAUGUAAAACAACAACUGUGAAGACAAGAUACACAGUUAUGUGCAAGGAGAUUCUAGACAAAUACCCAGAAUUAGCAACCGAAGGAUCACCCACCAUCAAGCAAAGACUCGAGAUAGCAAAUCCAGCUGUUGUGGAAAUGGCAAUAGAAGCAAGUCUGGCAUGUAUUAAGGAAUGGGGCAGGUCUGCCCAAGACAUCACUCACGUAAUCUAUGUUUCCUCUAGUGAAAUCAGGUUGCCAGGAGGGGACCUAUAUCUGGCUAGUGGUUUGAACCUUAGGCCUGAUGUGGGUCGUGUCAUGCUCUACUUCUUAGGCUGUUAUGGAGGUGCAACCGGACUCAGGGUUGCCAAGGACAUAGCAGAGAACAACCCGGGGAGUCGCGUCCUACUCACAACUUCUGAGACUACUAUCUUGGGUUUCCGACCCCCGAGUAAGGACCGGCCCUACGAUCUCGUGGGGGCCGCCUUAUUCGGGGAUGGAGCUGCAUCUGCCAUCAUAGGAGCUGAUCCUGAUCUCGAGAAAGAAUCUCCUUUCAUGGAAUUGAAUUAUGCUGUUCAGCAAUUCUUGCCUGGAACCCAUAAUGUGAUAGAUGGGAAUAUUACAGAAGAGGGAAUAAACUUCAAGCUUGGAAGGGAUCUGCCUCAUAGGAUUGAAGAGAAUAUAGAGGAGUUUUGCAGGAAGUUGAUGAUGAAAAGGGGAGGAGAAGAAGGAGAGUUUAAUGGGCUGUUUUGGGCCGUUCAUCCAGGUGGGCCUGCAAUACUGAAUAAGCUAGAGAAGAAGCUUCAACUUGGGCCGAACAAACUUGAUUGUAGUAGAAGGGCGUUAAUGGACUUUGGGAAUGUGAGCAGUAAUACAAUCUUCUAUGUGUUGGAGUACAUGAGAGAAGAACUGAAGAAAAAGAAGAAUAAGUAUGAUGAAGAAGAAGAAGAGUGGGGCCUGGCAUUGGCUUUUGGGCCUGGUAUCACAUUUGAAGGCCUUCUUCUUAGGAGCCUCACAUAAAAUCUUAUUAAUCUAAUCUUAUGCCUUUUAUUAUAAUGUUUUUAUUAUUUUCAUAAUUUGCUUUCUUUGUUGUUGGAUACCAACAAAAAUAUAAUUAUCAUUAAUGAACUUAUCUGUUUGAU